ACCACGAAUGACGUCGUCAACACCCAUGCAAGAUCGCCAAUCUGUCCCGGGAAGCUCUUCCCGGGGUUCACUGAGACAUCCCGGGGGGAGCGGUCUCGGCGCUCCCUGAUUCGCUCUGCACCCUGUAGCGGGCCGAUACCAAGUUGAUUUAGCGCGGAGGGAGCUGGAGAUCCAGGGGUUGCUCCCGCAGUUCAAGCUCUGGAUGUUUCGGCCAUUUACCCGCAACGCCGUCGCUGCCCCGCCAUGAGCCCCAUCGAUGGAGGGGAAGAUGGGGGGUCACGGCGGACAACAGGCUGUUGCUCUCGGUUUUAAGAGCCAGGCGCCGAGAAGUUGACUAGAAACUUCAAACUUCGCUGCUCUCCCCCUUUCCAAGUCAGUGAUCAUUAGAGAAACCCAAGCAUCAAGUCAUCCCACAAUCACAGCGAUGGCGUCGUCAACUCCGUACACGGUGAGGUGGGGUAUCAUGGCCACGGGUUGGAUUGCUGAGGUCUUCACCAAGGACCUCCUCGCCAACCCGGCCAUCCGUGGCGUGCAUGAUGUUCGCCACGAGGUCGUCGCCGCCGCCUCCUCCAGCUCCAAGGAGAGGGCCGGUGACUUCCUCACCAAAGUCAAGGCCCCGAGCUCCGCCAAAGCGUACGGCUCGUACCACGAACUGGUGGCCGACCCCGAUGUCGACAUCGUCUACGUGGCCACACCCCACAGCCACCACUUCCAGAACGCCAUGCUUGCGCUCGAGGCCGGCAAGAAUGUGCUCUGUGAGAAGGCCCUGACCGUGACGGCGUCCCAGGCCCGCAAGCUCGUCGAGGCUGCGCGGACCAAGGGUGUCUUCUUCAUGGAGGCCGUGUGGACCCGCUACUUCCCUCUCAGCAUCCAGGUGAGGGACCUGAUCUCGUCGGGGGCUAUCGGAAACGUCUAUCGCACCAUUGCCGACCUGUCAAUCGGCAAGGACAAGGCCGACGGCAAGAUCGACUUCGCCGACUCGCACCGCAUGGUCAAUCCUGAACUGGCCGGCGGCGCCCUCCUUGACCUCGGUAUCUACGCCCUGACCUGGGUCUUCCAGACGCUGUACCACGUGCAGCCCGAGGAGCAGAAGGAGGCGCCCAACGUCAUGGCCGCCAUCAACAAGUACCACACCGGGGCCGACGAGACGACUAGCAUCAUCCUGCAAUUCCCCCAGCACAAGAGCCACGGAAUCGCGCUCACGUCGCUCCGCGUCUCCAGCGAUGUGGACGGCAAGAACAGCGCCGGCGCAUCCAUCCGCAUCCAGGGCUCCACGGGCGAGAUCCAAGUUAUGGGCCCCGCGUACUGCCCGCUGCAGUAUCGGGUGAUCAAGAAGAACGGGGGUGGCGAGGUCCAGGUGGUCGACUGCCCGAUCCCCAAGGACCCCGAGAGCGGCUGGGGCCAGGGCAUGUUCUGGGAGGCCGACGAGUGCGCGCGCUGCUUGCGGGACGGGCGUAAGGAGAGCAAGUCGCUGCCGUGGAGCGAGAGCAUCACCAUCAUGGAGGUCAUGGAGGAAACGCUGCGGCAGGGCGGGGUUGUGUACUCGGAUGUCAUCUCGACCGACGUGUACGAUGCUCAGAGCCCGCUGAACACUGGCAAGCGGUAGUUCGUUGGUAAGCUUGGAGCUUGGAAUGUGACACUGGUGAGCUGAGAAAAUGGGCUGGGCCUUAACGGGACUGGCGUCAUCAGCCCUAGUUCAGUUCGGGGCUGGCUGGGCGAAGCUGUUGUUGUUUCUUUUUGAGCUUAACGAGUUAGUUAGUCAGCCAGAAGACAGGGACGUUCAGGUUCAGGAUUCUGAGGCUGACAUGCCCGGAUGUAUCUGAUUUCUCAUGCAUGACCUUCGGGCUUGGAGGAUUGUGACUAGAUGUUGGAGCAGCCAACCAG